AUGGGCUUGUUAAGACAUCAAGGCGAACAACCAAAAUUAGGACGCAACUGGGUAGCCAGAUUCAUCGAGCGCCACCGAGACCUUAAGACUAAGAUCGGUAGACGUCAGGAAGCUAAUAGGUUUGAAUCCUUCACGCCUAAGGCGGUUCAUUGGUACUUCGAUAUCAGGGAGGGCCAGUACGGCUGGAUCCGGCCUGAGAACAUUGUUAACGUUGACGAAGGAGGCAUCAUGAUCGGUUUUGGGUUGGAUAGCCUGGUGGUCGGAAGCGCGGACCCAAAGCGAAAGGCUCUUCUCAAGGGACCACAAACUCGAAAUUGGACUUCGUUUAUCGAAGCUAUCACUGCGGACGGCCGUUCCUUGACUCCUGGCAUAAUAUUCAAGGGAAAGGAACUCCAAAAACAGUGGUUCCUUCAUGAAUUCAAGAAGAUAGCCAACUGGCAUUACAUAACUUCACCAAACGGGUGGACUGACGACCACAUUGGUGUUGAAUGGCUUGAAAGGACGGCCACGGGAGCCAUGCAACGGACGAAUGGAUGGCUACAUGCUUUUUGA